GUAAAUAUCCUCAUAGACGAGAGCAGGCACGCUGCUUAGCUAAAGGUGCCAAACUGUUUGGUAUAUUCGACGUGAAAAUGUGUCUUUCCAGAUGUGUUUCGGCUGAUUUCUUAUCGCGUUCCAGUGGAACAAUUACAAAAUAAGCGAUAUAGUUGCUCGGACGCCAUAUCCUGUCGAAACAGGCCUGAUGUUUUGUUAUGAAGGCGCAGCUGUGGUGAAGCUAACGCUAGUUUAACUUCCCUAGCGAGGAAAUGGCUUCUUGGCGAGUCAGGGCAGGCUCUGUUUGGUAACUAGCUAGCUACGUAGCUAACCUAUUUAGGGCAUCACAGCGUGGAGAUAAACACGCAGUUGUUUUGCUGCAGGGAAAUUUACUUCACAGCUAGUUUUCUCCAACGAAACUAGCCUAGUUAGAAAUACACAAAAGCUAGUUUACACAAACUAACAAGCCCGCUAGCUAGUUAACCUAGCUGUGCAAUCUGGCUAAAUAAUCUAGCUUUAUUACAAAAAAAAAAAAAAAAGGCACAGUUGCUAUCAGAGCCAUUGUGGCUGGUGAAUACUGGAAGACUUCUUUUUGUUCAUGUGGGAGACGCACCAAACUGCAUUUUAUUUACAUUGUUCUUAAAUAAACAUACUCUUUCAGUGUUGGCAAUCUUUGCACUACUUGGUAAAGCCCCGUUUAUGUAGCUAGCUAGGUUAGCUAAACACUGACUAGCUAGCAGGCAAACAGAAAAGCUAACACUCCGCAUUCUCUCCUCAUAUUCACGGAAGAUACUUUCGAUGUCUUUGAAAAGACGCUUAUUAAACGUUGGUUCGUUUUUGUAGAGAAAUAACGUCACACUUCGACGUAUAAAAGCAACUUGGCCGUGAAAAUUUGCGUAUUCGUUAACUCGACGAACACACGUUACCAGACACUCAAUGGCUAAGCACUGCUGUGAAUAACGACUACUUUGUGGAUGAAGAGCCUUUAAUCACGUCCGAGGCGCGAGGUGGGAGUGUACAGUUAUGGAGCUGAGUAAAGACGACGCUGCGCCGGAGGCUGAAGACAGGGGGCGCCAGAGAGACGACACGCAGAGUGUCAUCGCGGAGAAACAAGUGCAGCGAAAUCCGCCGGAGUUCUGUCCCGGACUUGUCUCCGGAGACACGCACCCCAUGUGCCGCGCUCGGGAGAGGAGCGAUCCGGAGCCUAAGACUGGCGAUGCUGCCGGUGACGACGGAGACGCGACUGAAAAGACGUCCAGUAAAGCGCAGGGCGAGCGGGACCCCCGGAAUAAGAGGAGGUCCGGCUGCAGUUCCGAGGGCGCACCGGACGGCCGCCAAGGCAAGAAGAAACACCGGCGGCGACCGUCCAAGAAGAAGCGACGCUGGAAGCCGUACUUCAAACUGACCUGGGAGGAGAAGAAGGAACUGGACGAGCGGGAGAGCGCGCGCGCGUCGCGGGUCCGAGCCGAGAUGUUCGCUAAAGGUCUGCCGGUGGCUCCGUACAACACCACUCAGUUCCUGAUGGAGGAGCACGACCGAGAGGAGCCCGACCUGAACACGGAGCGCUGCAACCGCAGGUCUUUCGGUGCGAGUCGGUCCGAAGACACGGCCAGCGAGGAAGACUAUUUCGAGCCCGAUGAGGAGGAGGAAGAGGAAGGUGAAGGCGGAGAAGGCGGCGAGAGCGACGGUAUGGGCCGAGCUGGGGGCGCAGGGGGAGAGUUUCUGCAGCGGGACUUUUCCGAGACCUACGAGCGGUACCACGUAGAGACGCUGCAGAAUAUGUCCAAACAGGAACUGGUGAGGGAGUACCUGGAGCUGGAGAAGAGCAUGUCGCGCCUGGAGGAGGAGAACAACUGGUUGCGGCGCGCGCGGAGAAACCCGGCGACUCCGGGCGAGAGCGCGCAGCGCGUGCACGAGCUGGAGCGCGAGCUGGAGAGACUGAGAGCGCUGAACAGCGAGCUGCUCUUUCACUGCCACCACACUGCGGGACACGCCGUCAACGGAUCUGCCGCCUCAGAGCCCGACAAGGGACACGCCGAGGACACGGACACUCAGUGACCGACAGACGCGCUGGACAAUUCGACAUGUUUCCUUGUUUUUCUUUCUUUUUGUUUGUUUGCGAUUUAUUGUCCUCUGAUCUUAUCCGUUGUCUUACUGUAAAGCUACGGUAGCUAAUGUGAUGCGCUUUCGGCCCGAAAGGUAACGUUCUUCUUUUUCUGACAAGUUUUAAAUAUUGAAUGUGUGUGUGAGGUCCCAUAAAAAUGGUCAGUUAGUUGUAAUGUAGGUUAGGGUUGUUUUGGUUUUUUUUGCACACGUGACUGAAGUUAUUAAAAAAAAAAAAGACUAUUUUGGUUUUAGAGUUAAUACUUCUGGAUCAGUUACGUGUUCAUACUGCACGGGAGAACAACACACACUCAUACACACGUUUGUAAGUUUACCGUAAAGCGACGUGUUUUUUCUCCAUCAGUCCCAGUAAAUGAGCUGUUUGGUAUUUUUCUGCUGGUGCACCUGAUAUUCUGCUAUACACUUAUUAAUGCAUGACCAAGGCAGUAUGUGGGCUAAUAAAACUGUGGAAAACCGUUACUGGCAUUUGUUUUCGUCCAAAUAUAUCAAUUAAAUUAUUUUAAAAAAGCAGUUGUGGGUUUAUUUCAUAUCUUAUCAUUAACACUUUGUUUGAGAUGGACUUGCAGGACAAGGCUCUGAGCGCUCAGAGUUUAAUAACACACUGGUCACAUCCCAAUCCGCUAUUUCUGUGCAUAACAGAAAAAACCCCACAAGAGCGCACUGUGGCCUCUCACAGAUUUGACACAGGCCUACUAGUUAGUGCAGGAGUAUGCAGGGUUUAUAUGUAGCCUACUCUACUCUGCCUUAUCUUGUCUCAUGGUAACAUGAAUCCCCUUCAUCAUCAUAUUUAAUCUGACGCAGAAAUGUUUCCUUCUGUUUCUCGCUUCCUUUUCUGUCUCUCUUAUUUAUUAAUGCAUGUCAUGUUUGCAGAAUGUGUUGGAAAGCGCUCUGUAAUAGAAGAUAAAAUUGUGCUUUAGGAUUCCAGUGAUUUGGAGAAAAGUGCAGUCAUCACAAUGUAUGACAUUUGAAUAUUAUUUGCAUCUGCGUUCGUUUCUCUGCCUUCACUCUUUCUUUCAUCUGAUCUUAUCUAAUAAAGUACAUCCACCUCA